AGAGGGAAAGGCUGCCCCAGACAGUGUUGAAGUUUCCAGAGACCUGUACAGCUGUUGAGAAGUUCGCGUCCAAGACUGAGGACCUAAGCCGCUUGCCAAAAUGUGUAAGGGACUGGCAGCGCUGCCGCACUCCUGCCUGGAAAGGGCCAAGGAGAUCAAGAUUAAGUUGGGAAUUCUACUCCAGAAGCCAGACUCUGCUGUUGACCUUGUCAUUCCAUAUAAUGAGAAGCCGGAGAAGCCAGCCAAGACCCACAAGCCCUCGCUGGACGAGGCCCUGCAGUGGCGCCAUUCCCUGGACAAGCUUCUCCACAACAACUAUGGACUUGCCAGCUUCAAAGGUUUCCUGAGAUCUGAGUUCAGUGAGGAGAACCUUGAGUUCUGGGUUGCUUGUGAGGAUUACAAGAAGAUAAAAUCCCCAGUCAAAAUGGCGGAGAAGGCAAAGCAAAUUUAUGAAGAAUUCAUCCAGACAGAGGCCCCUAAAGAGGUGAACAUCGACCAUUUCACUAAAGACAUCACCAUGAAGAACCUGGUGGAACCUUCCCCGAGCAGUUUUGACCUAGCCCAGAAAAGAAUCUAUGCCCUGAUGGAGAAGGAUUCGCUGCCCCGCUUUGUGCGCUCCAAGUUUUAUAAGGAACUAAUCAAGUAGUCAGCUGGUCAAUUGUCAGAUUAUCAGGGUUCAGAAAUCACCCUGUGAGUUGACUUCUAUCCUCUGUAGUAGCACAGCAUCCCCCGGGCACCUGCACAUUUUCCCAUAGCAGCUUUGCUCCAAGAUACCCCAAAAAAGGCAACCCCUAGACUGUUGCUAAUUCUUUUGCUCAUGUUGGUUCGGAUGUGGAUUUGUGGUCUACUAAGGGCCUUUGCUUCCAUCUUUUCCUCUGACUGCUUUGUAAUGAAGAUCUGUUCACCAAGUUUCUGUCAGCCUGAGUCACAGAAAAAUAUACUGCUUACCAUAAAGCCGUCUGUGAAAAGAA